UUCUGCCUUCCUGCCCCCCUCUUCCCUUCCUCCUUUCCCUUCCCCUCUCUCCUCUCUCUCCUUUCCCCGCUCUCCCUCCCCGGCUGCUCUCACACUCCUCCUCCCCUCCCUCAGUUAACAAGGCCCCUCUCCCCCUAUUGCUCGCGCGCUCCUCUCCUCUCCGCUCCGCCGCUGGCUCGCGCCUUUUCCUCCCCCCUCCCCUCCCCUCCCUUCUCUCUCUCUCUCUCUCUCUCGCUCACACACACACACCUUCAAACACACACACACACACACUGAAAAGAAGGAGAAGGGAGGAAUGUUUUGUGUUUUGUUGAAAAAAGAAAGAAUGUGAGAGAGAAGAGAGAGGAGGAAAAGAGGAAGCGGGGAAAGAAGAAAGAGGAGGAGGAGGAAGAGAAGAGGAACAGCAGCAGCAGCAGCAGAGGCACCAGGGAGGCACUUGGUGGCUGCCUCGCCCGCCUUGGAUGAUGACCAUGACUACGAUGGCGGAGGGGCUGGAGGCGCAGGACUCGUCCAAGUCCGCCUUCAUGGAGUUUGGGCAGCAGCAGCAGCAGCAGCAAACAACGGCGCCUCCGCAGCCUUCCGGGACACAAGCGCCCGGAGGCUCCUCUCAGCAGCAGCAGCAGCAGCAGCAACAACAAGCUCAGCCUCAGCAGCAGCAGCAACAGCAGCAACAGCAGCAGCAACAACAACCUCCUCCGCCGCAGAGCUCCCCGGCGUCGGCGAUGGCGGCGGGCGCUCACUACCCGCUCCACUGCCUCCACUCCACGCCACCGGCCUCGCACUCCCACCACUCGCACCACCAGCACCAUCCGCCGCACCCCACCCACCACCACCACCACCACCCGCACCACCACCACCACCACCACGCCGCGCCCUACUCCACGGCCGCGGCGGGGACGGGACCCGGAGGCGCCAACUCCUACAGCCACCGCUCGCUGGCCGCCGCCGCCGCCGCUGCCGCCGCCGCCUACCCCUACGUGGGCCACGCGCAACACAGCCCCUACCUCCAGCCCUACCACCAGGGCGGCGGAGCGGGCGGAGGAGGCGGAGGAGGGAGCGGAGGGGGAGUGGGCCAGGCCAGGCCCGACGACGCAGAUCAGCAAAAGACGACAGUCAUCGAAAACGGGGAGAUCAGAUUUAAUGGGAAGGGGAAGAAGAUCCGGAAGCCUCGCACCAUUUACUCCAGCCUCCAGCUGCAGGCUUUGAACCACCGUUUCCAACAGACCCAGUACCUGGCGCUUCCCGAGAGAGCAGAACUGGCAGCCUCACUAGGACUGACUCAGACACAGGUGAAGAUCUGGUUCCAGAACAAGCGCUCCAAGUUCAAGAAGCUGCUGAAGCAGGGCGGGAACCCCCACGAGAGCGACCCCCUGCCCGGCUCGGCCACCCUCUCCCCGCGCUCCCCGGGCCUGCCUCCUGUCUGGGACGUUUCGGCCUCUGCCAAAGGCGUCAACAUGCCUCCCAGCAGCUACAUGCCGGGCUAUUCUCACUGGUACUCUUCUCCACAUCAAGACACAAUGCAGAGACCGCAGAUGAUGUGAGCGGGCCAAGAGAAACACGCCGUUCCGGGAGCAGCCCGCCCGCCCGCCCGCCCGCCAGCCUGGCCCCGCCGAGAAAGAGGGAAAGAGAGAGGGCCGAUCGCGGGUUUGGGGGGCCCAUGGGGCGCUGUGCGGCCGAGGGAGACAGACUGGGGCUUGGCCUCCCCCUUCCCUUGAACCUCAGCGAUUGAUCUUGAACUGAGAGCCACAUCAGAUGCUCGCUUUGGGAUAUUUCUACCGCGACUCGGAGGCAACAACCCUCCCUAGGAGUAUAAAUCCAGGCGCAAAGCAAACAACAACAACAAUCCCAAAACAACCAGAAGUGGAGUGGACGGGAGGGUACACACUUUCCCCACCAGUCCACGCAGCAACAUUUUUAGGGCUUUUUUUUAAAGGAAACAAAAAGGCUGGAGGAGUCAGACGUGUCUAAUUCACUGAGGACCAUUGCAAGCAGCAGACUCCCUCCUGCUCCCUCCAAGUGGAACUGAUAACCGGCUGCGAAGACGAAUCCAAUCUGUCUCACUUUUUUCGAGGCUGUACAUUCCCUGACAUAACCCUGGCGCCUAGAAAUUGGCCAAGAAAUCCGCCUCCGCGCCUCCUAUUAUCAAAGUUCGGGGACUUUCGGACUAUAAAUCCCCAAAUCCCCCAAUCGCAUCUCCACCGGGUUGGAGAUUCUGGGAGUUGCCACCAUCACAUACACACAAAAUAACUUUCCUGAGUUUUUCCCAUUACGGGGAAAGAGCAAGA